UUUAACGAUUUAUACUUCGACAAAUUACCAAGACUCACUUAACGAUAUAUAAUGUAAGAAGUAGAUUGGGGUGCUUCGAGUGAAUAAUUAAGGAAGGUUUAUUCUAACAAGUCUAAACGACUUUAAAUCCAUGGGAACGACAAGCUACAUUGUAUUGCUAUAGGGCGUCGAAAAGGCGUACUAAUGAACAGUCCUCCUAAAAGAACCAACCCAUCUUCUCCGGUUUAGUCCACCUGGAGCCGUUUCUUCCCGCAUUGAGGCCAUUCAGAAACGUGCAGUAUAUCUACACUCUUGCGAUCUAAGGAUAUGUAUUAAGUCACUAAAGUAGUAAAGGGGUAAAACAUCAGGCUUUUAACGCCGAACACAUAUGUUUAUAGCUUACCUAACUCCUCGUGUUGUUAAACCGAAAGAUGGAAUUGUCCGCAAAGUCCUUUUUAGACCUCCAAAUCUCGGUGUCUACUAGCCCGCAAAGCCGCAUUAUUGAACCCUCUUAAAUUUUAUAUAGCCAUUAUCUAGACGAUAUUACCCCGCUGGCACUGCAUUGCUGUUUUAUAUUAUUUACUACGAAGUAUAGAGCAGUCGAGAGCAAUAAUGGCAACCCUCAAUGGAAAAGUAUUCGCAAUUACUGGUGGUGCUAGCGGGAUCGGGUUUGCAACGGCACAGAUAAUAUCUAAACGCGGUGGGAUCGUUUGCAUAGCCGAUGUUGACCCAGCGGCCAUAAGCAAGGCGGAUGAAUACUUUACCAACCAAAAUGCGCCCUUUACUGUUACCAAGGUAGAUAUUUCUAAGCGAGACCAAGUUGAAUCUUGGAUCGACGGUAUCGUCCAAAAAUACGGCAGACUCGAUGGCGCUGCAAACGUCGCGGGUAUAAUCGGCAAACAUCAUGGCUUACGAGAUGUUGCUGAUCUCGACGACGACGAAUGGCACAAGAUAAUCGCAGUUAAUCUCACGGGGACCAUGUAUUGCUUAAGAGCUGAGCUCCGAAAAAUCGUCGAUGGUGGUUCUAUUGUGAAUGUUUCCUCUAUUCAUGGGCUUCAAGGGUUUGCCAAACAUGGAGCGUAUGAUGCUAGUAAGCAUGGUGUUAUAGGUCUGACAAAAGCGGCUGCCAAAGAAAAUGGAGUCCGGCAAGUGCGUGUCAACGCAGUGGCCCCGGGAGCCAUAUUUACUCCGCUGAUGGAGAAGCACUGGAAAAUCCAUAAUCGACCGUCUGAUGCACCCUUUGAUGAUACAGCAGCUCUCGGCAGACAGGGCACGGCGGAGGAAUGCGGCCACGUCAUUGCUUUCCUUUUGGGUCCUGACUCCAAGUACGUGAGUGGGAGCGUAUAUUCUGUCGACGGCGCGAUGUAGCCCGCAAAUAU